AGAGCCCAGUCCUUCACUUUGCCAGCAGUGCUGUGUUGAGAGCAGACAAAUGGAGUGUAGAGAGAGGAAGAGGGGUUCGAACCGUUUGGACAUUGAGUACAGAGGAAUCUUCCCAACUUCCGAAAACAUUUCUGCAUGAGCUCAACCGAAAAAAAGCGGAAACAUGAGAACUUUUCUGACCUUGCUCCUUCUGUGUGCCAGAGCUGGUGGCCUGAGAGGGAGAAAUACUAGACUGGAGAGCAAUGAAACUCUGACUACAAAUAUAUCAAGAACCUUUCGUGGAAAUAUUGCCCAAGAUUUUCAACCACUUCCAAGUCAUUUACUCUAUAACGUGACAGAGCCCACCCCGCAUAAUGUACAGAAAUGCUCGUCACACAUCACAGACAAACUCUCAACAAGAGUCAACAAUUCUACUAUAGACUUCUUAAGAAGCUCCGUAAGCACCAAACUCAUUCCAUCAAUCUACAUCGUGGUCGUAUUAAUUGGUGUCCCAUCAAAUGCCAUCAUCCUGUGGAUGCUCUUUUAUCACGCCAGAUCUGUGUGUACAGCUAUAUUUUAUACCAGCCUGGCCAUUUCGGAUUUGCUGUUUUGUCUCAUGCUGCCUUUUAGGAUAGCCUAUCACCUGAAUGGUAAUAACUGGAUAUUUGGAGAAGCUAUGUGCAGGAUAACGACUAUACUGUUCUACGGCAACAUGUACUGCUCCAUCCUCCUUCUCAUGGGUAUUAGCAUCAGCCGCUACAUUGCCAUUGUUCAUCCUUUUAUCUACCGGAGUUUACCAAAAAAAGCCUACACCCUUCUUUUGUGUACCCUAGUCUGGAUUAUUGUUCUCGUAUUUAUGAUUCCAUUUUUCACCGUCAAACAGACGUUCAACUUGUACGCGGAUACUGUAACUUGCCAUGAUGUCCACGACAUUUCAUCUGAUGCCUUCCAAUUCUACUAUUUUAUCUCACUUGUGAUCUUUGGAUUUUUGAUUCCAUUUUUUGUUGUUACUUUCUGUUAUUUCUCCAUUAUGAGGACACUGGCCGUCCACGACAAGACAAGGCUGAUUUACGUUAAAAUCACUAUUCUGCUCUUGGCCAUAUUUGCCUUUUGCUUUACACCGAGUAAUAUUAUUCUCCUUGUUCACCAAAUACGAUACCAUUACACCAACAAUGAUGACCUGUAUGGUUGUUAUCUUACAGCUCUGUGUCUAAGCAGCUUAAACAGCUGCCUCGAUCCAUUUCUCUACUUCCUGAUGUCCAAGAUAACAAACCCAUCUAAGAACUAUGUCACCAUGGUUAAGCCCUCCAACGAAACACAUAUGAAACUUUUGUCUUCCUCAGCAUGAGCAAAGGAUUUUUCUUGCUUACAUUUCCAAAAUAUGUAUAAGAGCACCAUCUACUGGCCAUUUAUACAAUCUAUCCUCAACAAUAAAUUAUUAUUAUUAUUGCCAUUUAUAUAGCACCAACAGAUUCCGUGGCGCGUUACAAUAUUAUGAGAGGGGGGAUUUAACUAUAAAUAGGACAAUUACAAGACAACUUACAGGAAUGAUAGCUUGUUUGAGCAGGGUCCUCUUCAAGCUAAGAGUCUAUAGGUGGUGGGGUAUAAAACACAAUAGGGCAGGAUAAAUGGAUAUAAACACCCCAGUUAAAUAAUAGGACAUAAGUUAGUGCAGGGAUAGGCAACCUUCGGCACUACAGAUGUUGUGGACUACAUCCUCCAU